AUGUCAUUAUCUAACAAAUUAUCAGUCAAAGACUUAGACGUCACUGGAAAGAGAGUCUUUAUCAGAGUUGAUUUCAACGUCCCAUUGGAUGGUAAGACCAUCACCAACAACCAAAGAAUUGUUGCUGCUUUGCCAACCAUCAAAUAUGUUGAAGAACGUAAACCAAAAUACAUUGUCUUGGCUUCCCAUUUAGGUAGACCAAACGGUCAAAGAAACGACAAAUACUCAUUAGCUCCAGUUGCUGCUGAAUUGGAAAAAUUGUUGGGUCAAAAAGUCACCUUCUUGAACGAUUGUGUUGGUCCAGAAGUCACCAAGGCUGUUGAAAACGCCAAGGAUGGUGAAAUCUUCUUGUUGGAAAACUUGAGAUACCACAUUGAAGAAGAAGGUUCUUCCAAAGACAAAGACGGUAAGAAGGUCAAGGCUGAUCCAGAAGCUGUCAAGAAAUUCAGACAAGAAUUGACUUCAUUGGCUGAUGUCUACAUCAACGAUGCCUUUGGUACCGCUCACAGAGCCCACUCCUCCAUGGUUGGUCUCGAAGUUCCACAAAGAGCUGCUGGUUUCUUGAUGUCCAAAGAAUUGGAAUACUUUGCUAAAGCUUUGGAAAACCCAGAAAGACCAUUCUUGGCCAUUUUGGGUGGUGCCAAAGUUUCUGACAAGAUUCAAUUGAUUGACAACUUGUUGGACAAGGUUGAUAUGUUGAUUGUUGGUGGUGGUAUGGCCUUCACCUUCAAGAAAAUCUUGAACAAAAUGCCAAUUGGUGAUUCUCUUUUCGAUGAAGCCGGUGCUAAAAACGUCGAACACUUGGUUGAAAAAGCCAAGAAGAACAAUGUUGAAUUGAUCUUGCCAGUUGAUUUCGUCACUGCUGAUAAAUUCGACAAAGAUGCCAACACUUCUUCUGCCACUGAUGCUGAAGGUAUCCCAGACAACUGGAUGGGUUUGGACUGUGGUCCAAAAUCUGUCCAAUUGUUCCAACAAGCUGUUGCUAAAGCCAAGACCAUUGUUUGGAACGGUCCACCAGGUGUUUUCGAAUUUGAAAAAUUCGCCAAUGGUACCAAAUCCUUAUUGGAUGCUGCUGUCAAAUCUGCCGAAAGUGGUAACAUUGUUAUCAUUGGUGGUGGUGACACUGCUACUGUUGCUAAGAAAUACGGUGUUGUUGAAAAAUUAUCCCACGUUUCUACUGGUGGUGGUGCUUCAUUGGAAUUAUUGGAAGGUAAAGACUUGCCAGGUGUAGUUGCUCUUUCCAACAAAAACUAA